AAACCCUAAGGUAUAGCAAGCAAGAUCGAAAACAGAACUCAGAACGGAGGCGCCGCACAGUGGGAGAGAGAGACGGAGAGUCGCCGGAGUAGCAAAACCAGAGUGAGAAAAGACAACAAUGGCGGACAAGGCAGUGACUAUUAGAACUAGGAAGUUCAUGACCAAUAGGUUGCUUGCAAGGAAACAAUUCAUUAUUGAUGUAUUGCAUCCUGGAAGAGCUAAUGUUUCCAAGGCUGAGUUGAAAGAAAAGUUGUCAAGGAUGUAUGAAGUGAAAGACCCAAAUGCCAUCUUUGUGUUCAAGUUCAGAACCCACUUUGGAGGAGGCAAAUCUACUGGCUUUGGUUUGAUCUAUGACUCUGUUGAGAAUGCCAAGAAGUAUGAGCCAAAGUACAGGCUGAUCAGGAAUGGAUUGGACACUAAGGUGGAGAAGUCCAGAAAGCAAAUGAAGGAGAGGAAGAACAGAGCCAAGAAAGUCCGUGGUGUUAAGAAGACAAAGGCCGGAGAUGCCAAGAAGAAAUGAUCUGUUAGUAAUUGUAGACAAAGCAUGAGAAGCGUUUUGUUGCUCCAGUUACAUGCCAUAUCAUUUAUGUUUUUAUUGGACCUUUUUGUAGACUCUUUUCAAUUUUGCUCAGGUUACUCCAACAUAUUUUGCAUGUUCAAGUACUAUUAGAUCAUCAUCAGUGAAUCGUUAGAAUAUUAUUCUCUCUUCAAAUGUUGCCAAAUUUAUUUCUUCGUUGUUGUCAAAAUGAGUUUGGUAUAUAAAGUAAAAUGAGAGGAAAUGCUUACA